AUGGCAAACAACAGUGAACAUGCACAACAAUCGUAUCUUGGUCGGCAAACAAUAUCUAUGCCAACUUUUGCGAUUGAAGAAACUUCAGAGUUCAAUCGCCUUCGAAAUACGUCAAUCAACAUGCCACGUCGAUUAUCCACUGCUUCUCAGAGAACUAUACCAUACGGUGCUGAAUAUCGUAGUCAAGAACGGGUACCACCAUCGGGUGCUGACUUAAAACAACGAUUUUUUCUGAGUCCAGGCGAAAAUCAUGAUGGAUCUAUUCGUGACCGACGUUUUUCCAUCAUUUCAGAAGGUAAUUAUUCGUUAGACGACGAUGAUAACGGACGAUUAACGUUGAUUCAUGUGGAUCCUCGUGGAAGAAAACACUAUCAACGGCACCGUCAAAUCUUACGCAUUGUCGAGCCAAUUAUUGUCGCAUUGAUUUUACUUCCAGUUCUGGUUCUUUUCUGGGAAUGUGGAUGGAAUGUUGUUUGGAUUCUGCUAAAUACAGUAAAUACGCGUUCACUAACACGAGAAAUUCAUACCAUAUCCGAAGACGACUUUACUCAUUAUCCGAUACAUAUCUUGCUCAUUCCAUAUGCUAUAGUUCAAAUUCUUCUUCUUGUUUUGUAUCUUGGUCAAGAUUUAUUGUAUAGGUUUUUAAAGAGGCGGAAUUGUUUUAUUCGAUUAAUUCUUUUGAAAGUGCAUAUUCUUCUAUUAGCAUCAAUUUACAUAGUUCAAUGGGUGGUGAUAUGGACAGUUUGGGACCAGUAUACGCCUCAUGAAUGGUAUUUUGAGUUAGUUCUUUCAUUGACAUCACUUCUUGGAUUAAUUGUAUUGAUUGGACACUUGUCAGAUCUUGUUUGUGCACCAUUUCUCGUUAGUUAUGAUAGCAUCGAAUAUUGCAUACAGUUCGGUUGCCCAUUGCUUACUCGACAGAUGUCUUCGUGGAAAAUUAAUUUGAUAAAUUAUUUUUUAUAUGAAGUGAUAAUUUCGAAUAUAGCAAUUGUUACUUGGCGUGGUUUUUAUCAUUUUCUCGAUGAAUGUCUGUAUCCUGAUGAUAGUGACAAAUCAGCAUGGAUCUGUUUAUUAAUGGGCUACGUUCUAUAUUUUCCUUUGAUGUAUUUUCAAAACUAUCUUGAAUAUUUAAAUUUAAAAUUUGAAUUUUGGACGUUCAUUUCAAUUAAUUUUCCUCAACUCUAUCGUAAUGUACGUCACCUAUUGGCAUUUGUUUCGUGUGUCUUUCUUUGGCGUGGCAUUUGGCUUCUAUAUGAUUCAUAUAUAGCCAUCUUUGAAUCCGAAUUUCUUACAUAUUUAUUAUUAUAUUUGGUAGCAUUUUUAUUUUUGGCAUUAAUUCAAACAUCAUCAUCAGUCAACGGUCCCUUGAGCAAUAUGGAAGACGAAAAUCACUUUUUCCCACUCUAUCCAAAUUGCUAUGUUUCCACGGUCGUUCAAAAUUUUUCUCAUAAGAAAUGUUUCAACUGA